CAGAGGGGAACGUACAUCGUUUAAUCCGACGCGGGCUUUUAUUAAAUGAUUGCGGUGUACUAGCCUUCCAAAACGGUUUUCUCCUUCAUUAUGGAUACAUAGAAAUACAUUGGAUACAUAAACCUUGAAACCCACGAAACACUUUCAAUAGGAUAAUUCAUUUUCUAAAUUAGAGUGGAUAUAACAGCGUAAAAAGUGACUCGUGCAUUAGUGAUAUAAGUGCUCAUCAUUGUGAACGAUUCUUCCAGCAAGCAUUUUAAAGAAAUAAGUGGAUUUUAAUAAAAUUUAAGAAAAGACUGCCGGUUUCAAAAAAGAAUUUUUUCAAGGAAAUGCUUGCUUAAGGCCCUAAUGCUUUUACAUCUCACGUUUACACCCUCUGCCUAUAUAUGUAUUAUAGUUCAAGUUUUAAAAAGAAAGUGUUCGGUGGAUUUACUCUGAAGUGACUAGUUUUGUACAGUUUUUCUAUUUGCUGUGUUUUAUAAAACCGCCACAAUUCCACUUCUCAGUACGUGGCCUGCACAUAUGGACAAAAAGAAGCCGGUCAAACGGCCUCGUAUGGAUGCAACACCUACUCAAAAGAAUAUAAUGUUGCACUUCAGCAGUACUGUCGGCGAUGUUUUCCCUUGAUGGCACAAGUGCAUUCCUGCCAACCUCUCUUUCCAAAAAUGCAGAAGAUUGUCAAAAAACUUGCAGAAGAUUUAGUUGGUGCUCGUGCUCCCACCAUUCCAAACGGACCUAUGCAUACUCGACCAUUAGUGGCUCUUCUGGAUGGCCGAGAUUGCUCGGUUGAAAUGCCCAUUCUGAAAGAUGUAGCAACUGUAGCAUUUUGUGAUGCUCAAUCAACACAAGAAAUUCAUGAGAAGGUUCUAAAUGAAGCAGUCGGUGCAUUGAUGUGGCAUACUAUUACUUUAACAAAAGAAGACUUGGACAAAUUCAAAGCUUUAAGGAUAAUAGUUCGCAUAGGUUCUGGUGUUGAUAAUAUCGACAUAAAGGCAGCGGGUGAAUUAGGUAUUGCAGUAUGUAAUGUUCCCGGGUACGGUGUAGAGGAAGUGGCUGAUACAACUUUGUGCCUCAUUCUUAACUUGUAUCGGCGCACUUACUGGCUUGCAAACAUGGUAAGGGAAGGAAAAAAAUUUCAAGGUCCAGAGCAAGUGCGUGAAGCUGCUCAGGGUUGUGCUAGAAUACGUGGUGAUACUCUUGGCCUUAUAGGUCUAGGUCGUGUUGGAACUGCUGUAGCUCUUCGUGCCAAGGCAUUUGGGUUUAAUGUGAUAUUUUAUGAUCCAUAUCUUCCGGAUGGAAUUGAAAAAUCUUUAGGUCUUACAAGGGUUUAUACGUUACAAGAUUUACUUUUUCAAAGUGAUUGUGUGUCUCUCCAUUGUACUCUAAAUGAACACAACCAUCAUGUAUUUAAUGACUUCACUAUCAAACAGAUGCGUCCAGGAGCAUUUCUUGUUAAUACUGCUCGUGGUGGUCUAGUUGAUGAAAUUGCCUUGGCUUCUGCUUUAAAAGAUGGUCGAAUCAGAGCAGCUGCCUUAGACGUCCAUGAGAAUGAACCAUACAACGCCUUAGCAGGUCCAUUGAAAGAUGCACCCAACCUAAUAUGCACACCACAUGCAGCAUGGUAUAGUGAUGCAAGCUCUACUGAACUUCGUGAAAUGGCUGCAAGUGAAAUUAGGAGGGCGAUUGUAGGUCGUAUCCCAGACUCACUUCGGAAUUGUGUGAAUAAAGAAUAUUUUGUGAGUAGUGGGUAUGGUGAAAGUAUUAAUGGAGCUGGCGGUUACAACUAUAAUCCAAUGGGUGUUCCUCAUUCCACCACCAUAGAACCCUUAUCAACAUCGCCAGCCAUCCCUACACCUCAUUCACAGCCACAUUCUACUCUUCAAGAUACUCCUAAUCAUAUGACCCCUAAGCCUGAGAGUUCUGAAGUUCAUUAGCUCUUCCGCCUCCUUUUGCCGUGCCAUGAAUUGCAUCCCACCUAUUUCAGUGCAGCAAGUCAAGGCUCUUUUACUGAGACAGCUUUAACAGUCCUCUGAAGGAUGUUAAAUUGCCUCCAUUCAUGUAGUUUGUUUGGAGAAGCGUUAUUUUAUCAGCCAUCCAGUUAUGUGAUUCAAGAGAACUUAAUGAUAUUUAGAGAAUGAAUGAAUGCCUUCUCCCUCAGUUGUUGCUGAACAUUUUUAUAAUAAAUUUGUAAAAAAUGAAAAAGAAAAAAAAAAACUCAUAAAAAUUUAGCAUUUAUGAUGUGAUUAUUGAAAAUAAAAGACAAAAUAUAAGGUGGGUAUUAUGCACCAUAGUCCGGCCACAUCUUAAUCCAGUCAUUGUUAAUCUUGUAUAAAAACAAGAUUUAUUGAUGUGUAAAAGAUGAUAAUCGAAAUCAAAGAAUAGGCGUUUUCAAUUUUUAGUCAAAAACUUACAUUGGAUUGGAACUUACAAGUUACUAUCAAGUGGUAGUCUUCAAUGUGAAACCACUUUGAGAGAUGUAUACAUGUAUAUACAUACAUAUAUAUAUAUGUGCAUGCAUGCAUACAUAUAUAUAUAUAUAUAUAAAUGAUUUUGUUACUGUGUAAAGAACCUUUGUAGCAUAAUGGAGAAGAAAGAUUAAAAUUAUUCUGCCUACAACUACAGCCUUAUUAUAUCAGGGAAUCAAGUGCAGAAGGUUUCUUCUCUCUUCUCCCAUCAGCAAGCUUCAUAUGAAUUCUCAAAAACAAAAACUAUUAGUGUGUAACAUUAAAAUGCAUUCAAAUCUGUACUAUAUAUACAUAUAUAUAUUAAAAUUUCAUGUCUCAGGCAGUACUCAUUUCAAUAAAUGGGUAACUACAACUAUGCAUCCCAAGUUAAUAGCUUCUCAAAGUCUUCUGUGUUAUAUUUUGUAGAAAACAUGUUUAGCAAAGUGAUUUAUAUUUAAAAAAGAUGGCUUUUUAUAAUUUUGAGUUGUUGUUCCCAUCAUUACAGCCAACUGUGUUUUAAUGUUGAUCUUCUGCCGAUUUCAACUGCUCUUGACAUAUCGUAGUGGUAUCAUUCCAGUCAUAGAUUCGUAAAGCUGUCAGAAUGGCUUGAUUCAUGUUCAUUUCAAAUUUCCUUAAUUUGUUCGACUUUUGUCUGUUGUACUUCCUUUUUAUUAGUACAUUAGUAACAUUAUUAAAGUGACAUGUUCAUAGAGAGGCCAAAAGUAACAAAGUUUUUAUAGGUUAUUGUUUGAGUUAAGCCUUUCAAAUUGUAGUUUUAUUGGUUUUUGUGAUUAUAUGUUUCGUUGAGUAAAAAGUCUUAAAAAGAGAUAAAGGGUUUUUGCAAUUUGAAUUGUGAUUUACGCCGAAUAUUGUUUUUGUGGAGUGUGUUUGUGUGUAAAUGUACAUACAUAAAUAUAUAUACAUAUAUAUGCAUACACACACAUAUAUAUAUAUAUAUAUAUAUAUAUAUAAAAGUGCAUAUAUGUUUUUGUCAUGAGACUAGAUUACUAUGUUUGAGGGUUGUUUCAGUAGUAAAUGCUUGCAAUAAAGAAAGCGAUACAUUGCCAAUUAUGUCUGCAGUGUGAGUAUCAGCAAUUUAAUCAGACCUGUCUAAUAUGUUAGCAUUUCUUUUUUCACAAUCAUCCAAGUUUAAUACUUAAUCCAUACCAUUGUCUGUGUGCUGUUUUGAAAUUUUUAAUUCAUAGUGUUUUCUCAUCUUUUUAGCCUCCCCCCCCCCUUUUUUUUGCAAGUGAGAAAUUCUUUGUUUUAAAAUUAGUAAGCAAUAAUGUGAGAUCAUGAUGCUGUAAAUAAUCUUUUGGGGACACCAAACUUGGGUUCUCAACUCACAUUUCAAUGUUUUUCCUCAAACUGUGUUUUUUUUUUUUUUUUUUUAAUUUCAUACUGGGCUGCCACAAUGAAAAUGUGCUUGUAAAGGGUCUCCCAAAAUUAACGCAAGAUUUGAAUUUGCCUCCAUUUUUUGCAAUAAAUGGUUGGCAACAGCCCUGAAAAAAGAACAAUUUGACAGCUGAGAGUUGAGGGUAAUCAAAAAUGGAGCGUUAUACGAUACAAUAACGCGCUUUCAUUAUUGAACAAUUGUUUCAAAAAUAAUGAAAGUAGAGGCUGGUCAAGCAGUUACUGUUAUUGGCGCUCGGUAUUUCAACACGGUAAUGCACGGGUGGUUGUGGGCUUGUGGACAUAGACCUUUGAAUUCAAAUAACCCCAUAAGAAGAAAUUUGAAAAUGUUAAAUCACACGAUCUAGGGUGCCAAUUCUGAUCACCAAAAUGAGAGAGUACGCGACCAGGAAAUGCCUGAUGCAGUAAUUGAAAUGUUUCACUCUCUCUAGCUGUAUGGUACAAUAACACCCCAUUUUUACUAACCCUAAACUCUCAACUGUCAAAUUGUUCUUUUUUCAUGGCUGCCAACAAUUUAUGGAAAAAAUGGUGGCAAAUUCAAAUCUUGCGUUAAUUUUGGGACACCCUUUAAAUAAAGUUUCAUGCCAUAAUUUUUAAAUUAAAAUAGUAGUAAAAUAUCUACCUUUCUUAGUUAAAGAAUUCCUAACUUUGCUGAUUUGAGAAAAGUAUUUCAUCUUUCCUUCGUAUAAUUUUGAAUAACUAUUUAUUUGCUUUUCUUAUGUUAAGAAAUUAUUGGGAAGUAUUCAGAUAUUCAAAAGAGUCCAAAAUAACAAGUCAUUGGUCACCAAGGAAAUAGAGAUUAGGGAAGAGAAAAAUUAAAAAAUCUAAGAAAUACUAGAAAUUCAUUUAAAAUUAGCCAUUGCUACCAUUUAUAUUUCAGGUGGUGAAAGGGAGGUCUGAUUAAAUGCAUUUUUUUGUGGCACCCUCCCCCCUUUUUUUUGGCGUAUUUCAAACCAUCUAUGCAUGUUUUAAAAUGAGAUUGUUAAGGGCUUCUAUUAAGUACAAGAAUUUUUUUUAUUUACAAGCAUCCAUUUUGUGACUAUGCGUUUAAAAAUAGUAUUUAUGCAAUGUUUCCAUUGAUUUUGUCUUGUGCUGACUUUCUCAGCACUGCACCUAUGAACAUACAUCGUUCGCAUGUGCAAUAUAAUGAAUGUUAUUUUAGAAAAUUUUGAUCUUGUUGAAAAAAUUUGACUUUUUACCCUCCUUUGAAACACAUUAACUUAAUUUGCGGUAUUGUAUCUUUUCCCAAAUAAAUCCUUUAUUAGAAUUGUUACAUUGAAUUUAUUAGAAUAAAAUGUUUUUAGAGAUCUGUAUUAGAAAAUUAACCUUAGUUUUCCAGUAAAUUAAGUCUUUCAUGUUUUUUUUUCUUGUUCUUUCAUUACUUAUAUUUCCUAAUUACUAAGUUUAAAUCAAAUUGUUUGGAGAAAAAAAUUUCUUUGCACAUGCUAUUUUACAUAAAUUAGACACUUUUUUAAAUUGAAAACAAAGAAUCUAGUGCUAUAUUUUUCUAACUGCUAAACACUAGUUUUAUAUAUAUUUAAAACGUUUUUUGAAGUUUGGUAUAUUGUUCCUUGUAUUUUAUUUCAAUAUUCCAUUUUCUGUUACAUAAAUCAUGUACAAUUGACUCAUAAAUUGACUUUUUUAUGCAUUUUCAUUGUGUUAAAAUAUUGAAGGUGAUUGUUAAAUUUUUAAAUUUUUCUUUACUUUUGACAUCUAUUGAAAUUAUAUUAUUGUUUUGACUCAUAAAGAAAGAAAAAGAAAAAAAAAAGAAAUUCUACUCCUUAAUUUAUGCCUGACUUUAUUUAUGCUUGCGAUAUGAACAGCUUUGACCUUGUUAAUCAAAACUUUUUGUAAUGUAUCGUUGAUUAAAUGUGUUGUGUUAAAAGAUGUAAAAAUGACAGACUUUUUUCCAUGCUCAAUUGUCUUAUUCGUUUUUUUUUUAUUUUUAUUUAAUUCAUACUUUGUAGUCUGUGUUGUCAUUUUGACUAAAGCUUGUGAAUACUUUAUUUUUUGUAAAACUUCACAAAAUGUCUUCUGUGUACUACAUAAUUGUCUCAGGUUAUGGACAUACAAAAACAAAGGCUGCUUAUUUUCAAUCCAAUUUUUAAUUUCUAAGGGCAUUUGAAUCAUGUGUCCUUUGUACCAAGUCAGAGUGAAAGAAAAGUUUUUUGUUCAUGCAGUUGUAGUUUCAGUGGCCUGUAGUUUUCUCCAUCUUGAUUCUUGUCAUGUUCUGCCAUGUGUGUGUGUGUGUGUGUGCGUGUGUGUGAAUCAAAUCAUUUCAUGGGUGGCAGUGAAAAUAAAUGACAGUUUUCAUUUCUAA